CAGACUGGUCCAGUUUGUCACGAUGGGGAGUUACUGUCGGAUGAUCAGACUGGUCCAGUUUAUCACGAUGGGGAGUUACUGUCGGAUGAUCAGACUGGUCCAGUUUAUCACGAUGGGGAGAUACGGUCGGAUGAUCAGACUGAUCCAGUUUAUCACGAUGGGGAGUUACUGUUGGAUGAUCAGACUGGUCUAGUCUGCUGUAUCUUGUUUCACAGAGGGGCCGCCAAUCGGGCUGUGUCAACCGAUUCCCUUUAUUGUCCAGUCUGGUCAAAAGUAGUGCACUAAAUAGGGAAUAUGGUGCCAUUUGGGACACUACCUCAGACAGCUCUAAGUCAUCAGUCUCUGACAGCUAAGAGGCUAGUCGUCCCGCCUCAGUGCUACUGACCAUAAAUCUACCAGAGGUCAUCACAACCACUGUCAUUUAGUGUAAACAAACUGGACACUUCCGUGGUCACCAUGACAAUAAAAACUAUGACAUCUACAGCUUCAGUGCUAACGUGUCGCUGCAGCCUCUUGGCCAGUUGGUUUGUAAAAGAGGAUGUAUCUAUAACCUACAUUAUUAGAUAAAGCUAAUGAAUGAGGUUUUGCUCCACCUCUUCUUAUGAAAUGACUGAUUUGAGAACUACUAUUACCUCUACCUACAUAUACAUGUGGAGGCUAUAUACAGGGUGUUACGGUACUGAGUCAAUGUGGAGGCUAUAUACAGGGUGUUACGGUACUGAGUCAAUGUGGAGGCUAUAUACAGGGUGUUACGGUACAGAGUCAAUGUGGAGGCUAUAUACAGGGUGUUACGGUACUGAGUCAAUGUGGAGGCUAUAUACAGGGUGUUACGGUACAGAGUCAAUGUGGAGGCUAUAUACAGGGUGUUACGGUACUGAGUCAAUGUGGAGGCUAUAUACAGGGGGUACCGGUACAGAGUCAAUGUGGAGGCUAUAUACAGGGUGUUACGGUACUGAGUCAAUGUGGAGGCUAUAUACAGGGGUACUGGUACAGAGUCAAUGUGGAGGCUAUAUACAGGGUGUUACGGUACAGAGUCAAUGUGGAGGCUAUAUACAGGGUGUUACGGUACAGAGUCAAUGUGGAGGCUAUAUACAGGGUGUUACGGUACAGAGUCAAUGUGGAGGCUAUAUACAGGGUGUUACGGUACAGAGUCAAUGUGGAGGCUAUAUACAGGGGGUACCGGUACAGAGUCAAUGUGGAGGCUAUAUACAGGGUGUUACGGUACAGAGUCAAUGUGGAGGCUAUAUACAGGGUGUUACGGUACAGAGUCAAUGUGGAGGCUAUAUACAGGGUGUUACGGUACAGAGUCAAUGUGGAGGCUAUAUACAGGGGGUACCGGUACAGAGUCAAUGUGGAGGCUAUAUACAGGGUGUUACGGUACAGAGUCAAUGUGGAGGCUAUAUACAGGGGGUACCGGUACAGAGUCAAUGUGGAGGCUAUAUACAGGGGGUACCGGUACAGAGUCAAUGUGGAGGCUAUAUACAGGGUGUUACGGUACAGAGUCAAUGUGGAGGCUAUAUACAGGGGGUACCGGUACAGAGUCAAUGUGGAGGCUAUAUACAGGGUGUUACGGUACAGAGUCAAUGUGGAGGCUAUAUACAGGGGGUACCGGUACAGAGUCAAUGUGGAGGCUAUAUACAGGGUGUUACGGUACAGAGUCAAUGUGGAGGCUAUAUACAGGGUGUUACGGUACAGAGUCAAUGUGGAGGCUAUAUACAGGGGGUACCGGUACAGAGUCAAUGUGGAGGCUAUAUACAGGGGGUACCGGUACAGAGUCAAUGUGGAGGCUAUAUACAGGGGGUACAGAGUCAAUGUGGAGGCUAUAUACAGGGGGUACUGGUACAGAGUCAAUGUGGAGGCUAUAUACAGGGGGUACCGGUUCAGAGUCGAUAUGCGGGGGGCAGCGCAUGUGACAAAUACAUUUAGAUUUUAAAAAUAUGCAAAUGAUGUUGUGUU